AUGGGCUCCAUGCAAGAAAUGCUGGAGCGCGAGCAGCGCUGUUACGCACCGACUGAGCAGCCCGAGGUUCCUGUCUCAGGGCCUUCAAGCCCGGCCUCGGCUGAGUCGGAGCUCAGCUGCUCCAGUCCGGAAACCAAACCGACACCGGAAACUCGCGUGAGGAGACCUCUGAACGCUUUCAUCAUUUGGACCAAAGAGGAACGCAGACGUCUUGCUCAGCUCAACCCAGAUCUGGAAAACACCGACCUGAGUAAAAUACUUGGUAAGACCUGGAAAGCCAUGUCUCUGGCAGAGAAACGUCCGUACAUGCAGGAGGCAGAAAGACUGAGGGUCCAACACACUAUUGACCACCCCAACUACAAAUACCGUCCCCGUCGGCGCAAGACCAACAAGCGUGCUGCCAAGAUGCCCACGAACGAAACCAAUGUCGCACCCAACUUCCACCUCAGCUAUAUGCUCCAGAACCAAGCUCUUCAAUAUCCAUACACACACUCACACACACUAGCUAAUUCAUACACACACCCUUAUGGUCCCAGUUUCCAGCAUCAUCCAGUCCCAUCACAGAAUGGGGCAACAAUUUCAAAUGGAGGGGUAACGUUUUCAGAUGGAGCAGUACUCCUGAACUCAUCUUUAGCAUGCCCGCAGCAGUCUGUGUACUCAGCAGAAGCCCAGCUAUACUACACUUCCCAGCAUGCAGUGCAGCAGAGAGGAGAGCAGUGGGACCGGCGGGGUUCAGAAGUGUGUGCUUGUGUUCUGUGCUCAGGUGGACCGUCACUAGAAUUUUACCUGGAACAGGUACGAGUGGACAUGCUUGACCAGCUGGAUCGCAGUGAGUUUGACCAGUAUCUAUAUCCUGUCCAGCCUAAAGACCAACAUUUCCAGUGAACACUAAGUGACCACACAUUAGUGUUCUAUGCCAAGAGACUCUGCAGUAGGUCAAAGCACAGAGUGGCCUGUUCGGUACAAUAUAUCUUCUGUUACUGUUGCUCCUAAAAAGAGAUUUUUUUAA